AAUUAAGAAAAAAUGAACAUGUGUAUUUGACAUUUAGAAUAACCUCAAAUGUAUUAUACUUUGUUUUUAAGAAAAUUAUUUUACUAAAUCACACUGUUUUCUUAAUAUGCUGCGUUAAAAGUCUACAUUUUUAUCAUGGAAGUAGAAGGUCAUCCUGGUUUGAUCAAAACAAUCGAAGAGGGAGAAGAAGUGGAAGAUUUCUCUGAAGAAUCUGAUGAAGAAGUUGAGUAUCAACCUUCGAAACAAAAAAUCAAAAGGAAAGUAGACUUUGACCCAAAGUUUCAAUUUGUAUCUUCAGUAGAGGAAUAUAAUAAGAACACUUGGGAUGACUUACAUAAGUAUGUAAAAAGAAAUGUGAAAAGAACAAUAGAUGAGAAGAUUGAAAUGAGAAGAGCACAGGUGAAGGUCAAUGGCAAUGCGGAAGCAGUUGAUACUGACUCUGAUAUUGAUCCUAAAGAUGGUGAAAUUGAUGAGUUGGAAAUAUCUGAUGAUGAACUGAAAAGGGAUGAAAUUAAAGUCAAGCAGAAAAAGCUUACAAAAAAGCAGAAGUUGCAGCAGGAAUUGGAAGAAGACGAGAAGGGUGCGAAAGUGGAAUACGACUCUGAUUUCUUUGAAGAACCGCCACCGUAUGAUGAACAUGCAUCAUUUUAUAUGAUGAAUUUGUCCCGACCUUUGCUCAAAGCCAUAGGUACUCUACACUACGUGCAUCCCACGCCGAUACAGGCUGCUACCAUACCUAUUGCAUUACUGGGGAAGGAUAUAUGCGCAUGCGCAGCCACCGGUACCGGUAAGACUGCGGCGUACAUGUUGCCGAUACUGGAACGGCUAUUGUUCCGCGCGGCGACUGCACAGCGCGCAACUAAAGUACUGGUACUAGUGCCCACUAGAGAACUAGGUGCACAGGUACACGCUGUAACGCGGCAACUCGCUCAGUUCACAUCUGUUUCAGUCGGUCUGUCCGUUGGUGGACUCGACGUCAAAUAUCAGGAAAGUGUACUACGCCAGAAUCCAGAUAUUGUAAUAGCUACCCCUGGGCGUCUAAUUGAUCAUAUAAGGAAUACGCCCUCAUUCAGUUUACACUCCAUCGAGGUCCUGGUCCUUGAUGAAGCCGACAGAAUGCUGGACGAAUACUUCGCGGAGCAGAUGAAGGAAAUCAUCAGACAGUGUUCUUACAAACGUCAGACUAUGCUGUUCUCAGCCACGAUGAGUGAGGAAGUCAAGGAUCUAGCCGCUGUUUCGCUAAACAAACCGGUCAAAUUAUUCGUGGACUCCAAUAAAGAUGUCGCUUUUAAUCUGAGACAGGAAUUUGUUAGGAUACGUAAGGAGCGCGAGUGUGACCGCGAGGCGACACUGGCGGCGCUAGUGUGCCGCACGUUUAGAGAUCGCACGGUGAUAUUCGUGCAGACCAAGAAACAGGCGCAUCGAUUACACGUCGCACUCGGGUUACUAGGAGUCAAGGUGGCAGAGCUCCACGGUGCUCUAAAUCAGCCUCAGCGGUUAGAUUCCCUGAAGAGGUUUAAGGAGGAGCAAGCGGAGGUGCUGGUGGCGACGGACGUGGCGGCUCGAGGACUCGACAUCCCUGGCGUCAGGACUGUGGUCAACUUCACAUUGCCCGCCACACUAGAACACUAUAUACACAGGGUGGGUCGUACGGCGCGUGCGGGUCGUGCGGGCGUAUCCGUGUCUCUGGCGGGUGAAGGCGAGCGGAACCUGGUGAAGGCGAUAGUGAAGCGAGCCAGGAGACCGGUCAAGGCGAGACACGUGCCGCCCGAGAUUGUAGCCAAGUACAGAGCCAGGCUGGACAAACUAGAGCCGGAGAUAGCCGCAAUAUUAGACGAGGAAUACGCUGAAAAGCAGCUGAACAAGAUGGAGAAGCAGACUAACAAACUAGAGGGAAAACUGGUGAAGGAGCCCGGACCGAAGUACGAGGUGCAACGGCAACACGACUGGUUCCAGACGCCCAAGGAGAAGAGAGAAGAGAAGGAGAGGCUCGCACUAGCUCUACAUCCGGAUAAAGAAAAGCAAAAGAAAGGCAAAGGCAAGAAACGCAAGCGUGAUGAUUCUGACGAUGAUGAAGAAGAUAUCAACAAUAAAAAAAAGAAACACACCAAACAUAAGCCGAAAGACACACCAGAGGAAAGAGUGCGUCGAGAAAUGGAGAAGGUGGCGCUACUCCAAUCUCGUAUGGCUAAACGCAAAAAGAAGAUGCCUCGCAUCAGAGCCGUGGACGACAACGACGAUGAUAGGCCACAGAAUCGCCAAAAUAAACCUAAACAUAAAAAGAAUAAGAGCAAUUUCGCUACUGACCUCACUGACACAUCAAAGUCUGCAGCCAAGAGGCUUCGUUACGAUGCUAAUAGAGCUCAGAAAGGAUUCCCUCCCAAAGGAAAGCCCAAUGGGAAAAGUAAAGGCCCUCCUGGUAAAGGUGCUGGUGGCAAAAAUAAGGGACCUCCAGGCAAGAAUAAAGGACAGAAACCCAAUAGCAAAGAAAAGAAAACAUUCGGGAAGCCACAAGCUCCAAAACAAGGUCGUAGGAAGAAUUAAUAAAAUUUUGUAAAUUU